UGUCAUGUGAAAUCAACCAAAAAAACAUAAAAAAAAAAUUAUAUAAAAAAUAUUGUAUUAUUAUGAACUUAUGAAGAUAAAUUACAAUAACCUUAAUAAAAACUAAACGAAAUGCGUGUACAUGAACAAUAAUUGUAAAUAAUUUAAUCAAAAUUAUAACUCAGAAAAAGCAUAGCGUCAUUAAAGGCUAAAGAAUAUUCAUACAAUAUUUUCAAAACAUGGCAGAGUGGAAACAACUAAUUACUGAAUGGCUUAAUGAAUAUGCCUCAUUACAAGAGAAUGAAAUAAAAAGUUUUGCUGCUGAACAUGAACAUAAUCAUGAAAUUUCAACGGCAUUGUUUAAUUUAUUCUAUAGUGAAGACGAUUGUGACACAAGUUGUUGCAGCAAACAAAGUGAAGCUCAAAAUGAUGAGAUGCUAGAAAAUGUAUGCACACAGUUAUUUAGUUUCUACAGAUCUAAAGAAGUGGAAUUACAAAGAUUCACCCUACAAUUUCUGCCAACCUUAAUUUACAAUUAUUUGAGUUGUGCUGCCCAUGGAAACUUAAAGAUUUGCAGAUGUAUUGAGACACUACUAAUAGCUCUGUACAAUUUUGAAGUAGUUGAUGAAGCUGGUAAACCUAAAGUUAUUUCUUUUCGUUUGCCAUCCUUGGCUCAGCCUUCCAUAUAUCAUGAGCCACUAUCUUUGGGUCCACAAUUCCUGACUGAGAAUGCUUUACGUAGAUGGGAAGAAUGCAAUACUAAAUUAGUAAGCUGGGGCCCAAUGUCACAAGUGGAAGUACUCAAUGCCCAAAACCGCCUAAAAGUAAUGUCAGCACUUCUCUUUAUUUAUAAUAGACAAUUGAGUCUAUUGCCAAAAUUAGCACUAAGACAUUUCUGUAUAGCUGCUUCCAGAAUAGUGACCCAUGGAUUUCACAAAAAGAUUGGUACAUCUAAUUCAAAAAAGUCCACACCAAGAAUUCCUGUAACACCAAAUUUUUUAUUAGAAAUGAUAGAAGGAGCUUACUUUGCUAUGUUUAAUGAAUUUUAUACUUUGGCAUUACAAGCUGUUAAGGAUAUAGACCAAAGAGCACAGUAUGAACUGUUUCCAGAUGUAAUGCUAGUCACUAGUGCCGUCAUGAACUCCUUGAAAAAUAGUUCUUCAGGACAACCAUGUGAUGGUCCCAUGGGUAUCAGUGUUGCAUUAUCUCCAGCUACUACUACUGUGACCAUGUCCAAGUCUAUGAUUACUAAUGCGUCUUUUCGUACCAAGAAGCUUCCUGAUGACAUUCCUAUACAAGCUGGUCAAGUGGUUCCUACAGACUCCACUGAUAUAUUAACUUCUAUAACGGAGGAGGCUGAGUCGGAAUCAACCCCUAUCCAACGGGGUGCAGUUGCUCGUACCUCGAAACCGAAGCUAAGUUCUUUCCCUGUACUGGGCAAGAAGACGAAAGAAAACAAGGAUAAAAGCUUAACAAGUGCUGAAAAGAAAGUCACUCUCAAAGAUUCCUCUAAAGCUAUAUGGAAUUCUUUAAGCGGCGGUGGCGGAGACAUGACUGACGGCCAACAAAAAACAAACGCAGACGGUGCUGAUACGAACGGAAGUUUAAAAGACGACAAAAUCUCAAUGAGCUCUAUACAGAACAGCACAGAAAACUCUGAUUCGCGUUCCCAGGUGACCACUGACUCUAUGGAUAUUGAUACAACUCCUCGUUUUGCAGCAAUGCAAGUCAGCUCCGUGUGAAUUGAAAAGAAAAGCUUAUCGAAUUAUUAAUGUUGUGGUUUCUCGUGCGUGGAAGUACUCGCAUUUACUACACGUCGUAUGAUAAUGGUGGUAGUGGUAAAGGUACCUUAAAAAUAUAUAGUUGCAAAGUUAACUUCAAAAUCAAAGUAUAUGUAUAUAACCUAUACACUUAGCGUGCUUAUUGAUGAUGCGACGCUACGACAUCAAUAUCGUCUCGUUUGCGGAUUUUGUACUUGCGUCUCGUGGAGAAAAAUCAUUGAGAUUCAAUUUGACUGAUUUUUGCGUUGCCGGUAUCGGUAUUAAAAAGCUAUUUCUUCUUUAGGACGUGAAAUCUGACUAGUUUUUUUUUUCUGUUUUGUAUAACCGAAAUGUUACCUACUGAAAUAGGUAAUAAAGUAGUUUCCAUACACAUGCAGACUCUAGGGAUCGAGUACGCACACGUAGCAAACAGAGAAAAACUGUGUGUAGCUAUACUCAACUGUCAACUUGACAGCAAUGCCUAAGACAUUGGAGAAGUUAGUUUACAUAUUUGGCGCAGUAAAAUAUAUUUGCGGACAACGCAAUUCCGGUACCACUGUCAAGUUGACAUUGAGUAGAAUGGCCAUGAUAGAUUAACCGCGUGCUCUUGUUAUUUACUUUGAGCGCCCAAUUUCACUCAACAAUUUUGUGCUGGCGCAAUCGGAUGGGAGAGACAAGGAUGGACGGACGAUUGAUAAUUGUGAAACCAAAGAAGCUCAUGGGUAACCCGGCCUAAGGCGUGUGGAUAGAGUCAGGGCCGGAUUUAGAGGCCCAGAGGCCUCGGGGCAACAGAGGAGCGGAGGCCCCCUCAUCCCAAAUUAUUUUCCAAAUAAAGUAAACAAUUUUUUUUCAGUCGAGUUUUUCAAUAAAUAAUUUAUUGUGAACCAAGCUGUAGACUCCCUUAGUAUUGAACAAACACAUAUAAAUAUAAACGGAAACAAGAAUUAUCUGAAAAGAGAUCUUAACGAACGGAACCGGAAAAAUGUUUACUAGUUGGAAUUUGAAAGAUUUUUUUCCGAAGUCUCUAUUGUGGGGGCCCCACGUUUGUGGAGGCCCCGGGGCUUUCGCCCCGGUUGCCCUCCCCUAAAUCCGGCACUGGAUAGAGUACUAAUUUGCACCAGUUGUCGGAACUGGCUUAAGACCAGAGCAAAUGAUGUGCUUCGACAUCUGAGGCUAAGCUCAUAAAUAAUUUGUUUUUGAUAUGUAACUUCUCUCGCUUUCCUGCAAUUUGUGGGAGUGAUUUCGUGAAAUGGGACGGAAGUGUGUAACAGGAAGUCGCGAAAGCGCGCGCUAUUUGAUUUGAUUUUAGAACAAUGUUCAAAUGGCUUAUUCCUUUUGUAGCAGGUUUUUUUUUUAUAAUGUAAGGUGAGGUUUCAAAUGUUACACAGCAAACGCGACUACUGUAAGACUCGCUCUUUUUAUUUAUUAUUUUUAUGGUGCAAAUAGUAAAUGACCCGGGGCGCCAGAUUUUAAAACACACACAACCUUGGCAGACACUGAAUAUAGAAUGUAUGUGUAUAUUUAUGUAUAUAUUAAUAAAUUACAUUAAAAUUUACGCCGCCGUCUCUCCCACUUCCUUCUAAUCCUCUCCAUCCAAAGGUUGUCUGGAAGAGAUCGCUUUUAGCGAUAAGGCCGCCCAUUGUAACACUUAAUUUAAAUGGCUCUGUAUUUAUUGUAAUGUUUUUCUGUGGUGUUCAAUAAAGUGUUUUGUAUUGUAUUGUAUUGUAUUAAAUUCGAACUUGUACUUUUAAUGCAUAGGACAUUUAAAUCUAUUUAAACAAUGCAGCAGCCGUCGUCGGAAUAAAAUAAUCAAACAAAAUGUAAACGUGAAAUGAACCAUCAAAAUAAUUGUAAUGAAGUUGAUUGAAAAAAAAAUAGAACUUACAGUCUUUUAUAAUUUUAUUAAGAAAGGCAAAGGAUUCUUAGCCCAUACAGACCGAUACUCGUGCUAUAUGCUCGAUAAAUAUCGCUAGAUAAAAGCGUUUAUUAUUAACCGGCCUUUAAUUUAUUACUAUAGCUAAAUAUGUUCGUGUUUUAACGAUAAAUAGGUUCAAUGGAAUUUCUAUUUUCAUAAAUUUUAUUGUAAAUUAAUUAAAUUUUAGUGGAUAAUCAAUAUCGAUACUCUGUUUUUCUACCAUUAUUUUCAUGAAAAAUCUGACACUCAAAACAAAUUGGUCUGCUUUAAAGAAUAAAUAUGCUGUUUUUAAACUAAUGUCGCAUGGUACAACUGGACCCACGAUUUAUUAUCUUCUUUGUAUCAUCAUGAGUAAGCACGCUUACUCGUAUGUCUCCAAGUACAUGUAUCUUUGAAACCUUAGUGAUUGUGUAGUUUUUAAUAAAAAACUGAGUCGUUUUCAGGACUACCAUUUAUUAAAUAUAAGAAAUGAUCUUUCUCUGAGUUAAGUGAUGCAGGUUUCAGAUAGUAUUUUGUUAUAAAGUUUGCAAGUCCUAUCGAUUUAUCUUCUUAUAAGUAAUUCACUGUACUAAAUAGAAUAAUAAAUUAUAAAAUCAGUAUAUUGAAAUACUCCUAAUAGUAGGGGAGCCCACGAUGCUAAAUGGGGAUUUACUCGAGCGUCGUGGAGGGCUAUUGAAUUUUGAAGAUCAGAUGGUAGAAAGAAAAAAAGGUUAAAUGAUGCAUACCCUUUCACCGGUAGAACAAGCGUCUAGAAGCUUUCAAAAAUGUAAAAAAAUAGUCACAUGGAAAUACUCGAGCGCGUCAGAUAUUGAUAUUGUAUAUGCCCCAUGUGUCUCUGAUAACGGAAGAAUGUUAAUCUGCCGGUUUGCAUGGUGGGACUAGCCGUACGAAUGGAUUGAAAAUGGGGAAAAAAAAUACUCGAGCGCGUCAGAUAUUUGGAAGGGAUGCUAAGUGAGCCUAAACGAAGCUCAUAUCCAAAAGUCUGACGAUUCGGACACGACGCAAGCUCGUGACGGCUUUUUGAAAAUGCAAAAAAAAAUCGCCAUCUGGAAAUACUCGAGCGCGUCAGAUUUUCAUACAGGCGGUUCAGCUUGAUGUCAUGCUGAUCCAUAAUCUGGCGAAUAUUCGGAGGGAUUUUCUUAAUCUGACGGUUUAAAGAAUUUUUUCUCCGUAUUUUUUUUUCAAAUCAUUGAAUGUGAUAAAUAAAAUUCAUAAAGAACAGCAUGCAAAUAAAAAUAAGCUGAAAUCUAAUCAGGGUUAAAUUAGGCCAAGAUACACUCAUUGUAAAAAAAUCAGCUCAUUUGCUUCAGCGGUUCGUGCGAAAAUUUGGCGAAAAAUUUUAUUCACGUAUUCACAGACAUGUUGGAUAUUUAAAAAAAAAGAUAAAUAUAAUAAAAUACAAUAAAAAAAAUGGGUGCGUGUACUUAUGUAGGCGCGUGAGAAGUUAUCCUUAUUUGGCAUUGUUUAAAAUUAGUUUUUAAUUGCAUGUAAAUAAUUAAUUACAAUAAAUGAAUAAAAAGUCUGGAAAAGGACACAGUCAAGUUCAGUUUUAAUUUGAAAAAAUAAAUAAAUAAUCAAAAUAUUCAAUUAAAAUCGCUACUGAAUAUAAUUUAUUAGAACAUAUGUGAUUUGCACUUGUAUGUAACUCAAACACGUAUUCCGAAUAUACAAACUAGAAACAUGUGGAUAAAUAUUAUAAAUAUGAAUACCUAUAACUGUUACUUUAUUACAAAAAAUAAAGAUGUGGUUUUUGGUUCUACUACACCAAUGGUCAAGAGAUGGCGCUGUAGUCUCCUGAAUCGCGCUUUGGUUCCGUUGUUCCAGAUUAAUAAAUACUUUUGAUAUUAUAAAUAUGAAUACCUAUAACUGUUACUUUAUUACAAAAAAUAAAGAUGUGGUUUUUGGUUCUACUACACCAAUGGUCAAUAGAUGGCGCUGUAGUCUCCUGAAUCGCGCUUUGGUUCCGUUGUUCCGGAUUAAUAAAUACUUUUGAUAGGCCUUCACUAUGCAGUCGUUAGUACCCACUAAAUAGAGAUUCUAUUUCUAUUUUGUUGUUAGAUUUUCUUAAUGUGCGGUAAACACGAAAGUAACAGCAUGAAGUUGGUCGCUAAAGCGACCAACUUCAUGCUGUUAAUUUUUUGUGUUACAGUGAUGCGCGCGCAUCUUAAAAUUUCACUCUCAUCAUUUUUUCAUAACGCGCCUAAAGAAGUAUAACUUCAAAAAAAGUGUUACAUUUCAGUCUCUGGUAAGCUUUACAAUUGUACCGAUGUAAAUUUUACAAUCUUUUCACAUGUAUUUUGUCCACAAAACACACACUGUAUAAUAUUGUCACUCAUCUUCGUGAUAGUAAAUAACAAACUCACAAAAUUUCAAAUAAAACAAACCAGAGCGUUGUACAUAUAAUACCACGAGGUUCACGAGCGCUAUGAUCAGUUGUGUAAGCGUAAUGGUAAACAGGAAGUGAUGUGGGGACGGUGCGAGAGAGUGGAAGAUAAAGAAAGAGCGAAAUAGAGAGAGGCGCGUAGUAUGAAAUACAUGCUUCGCUACAGCUGCACGUGCAACAUUUUAUUAACGAUUUUUGUUACUUCGGCUUGUCCAAAUCGGCAGAUUAUAUGUUUUCCAUGAUCCUUGAAUUAUACUUUUACCUUUAAAUUUAAAAAAAUUAAGCCUCGCUCGAAAAUGUCCAGACAUGUUUUUUUUUUGCAACCCUCCCACUCCCUUACGUCACGAUCAAAUCGUCAGAUCAUUGAAAUACACACUUUUCAGCAUGUAAUUAAACCACUAUACCUUAAUCUGACGCGCUCCAGUAUUUCCGCCUAUAGUUUUUGAAGUGAAACUUCUUUAUCGGCGUUGGAAAAAAAAUUACCGUCACAUUUUUUUCGGUUACGCGUCACGUUUUUUGGUUACGCGCCAUCUUUUUUUUAGAAGAGCACUAUUUACCUCAUCCGAACAAUUGCUUCUUCUGUCAACUUUAAAAAAAAAGGUAUCGACAGCAAAUAUUCGUGUUUCACACAAGGUAAGGUAAGGUGUAGUUAUACCCCUUUAGUGGGUGAGUUUUUGAAAAAUCUUAGCGCACGCCUAUAUAUAUAUUUCUGGAAAGUUGCAUGUAGAUCAUUUUUCGAAAAAAAUAAGGCCAUAAAGAAGUUUCACUUCUUACGUGUGUACACUAGUACACGCACACAUUUUUUUUUUACUAUUGUGACCGGCUGGUCUACGUGCGCGGCACUACAUGGAGACCUCAGAUUUGGUAGAGGUACUCUACUAGAUACCUUAUAUCCUCCCAUAUAUUAAUCUGCCGCGCUCGAGUAAAUCCCCAAAUGCCCUCUUAGGCUCCCCUAUUAUAAUAUAAAACCUGUUAUAUUGUUGAUGUUUUAAUGUAUGGCAAAUGUUUUAAAUUCCAAGUAAAUGUUACAACCUAAUUCAUGUGUGUUCAUUGUCAGAUUUAUAAACAAAGCUUUUAAAAAAAAUGUUAAUGACAAAGAAACACUGUUGUCAAAUUUAGCUUAAGGUUUGGAAAAUCAUGCCAGAAUUGCCACACUUUUAUAAUUUCAUUUUUUUCUAAACUAUAGAUUUAAAAUAGAAAACGUUUUAUAGCUAAUAUAAUCAGCUUAAACUCUUUACUCUUUCUUAAAUGAAACUCUUUUUCUAGUCCUCUUUAUUUCGAAAGUAUAUCUUUUGUACAUAAAAAGAAUUAUUUAGCAAUUUUAAAAGCUUGAUUUAGUUUUGCAAGCCAGUGUAUUUUUGUUUAUGAAGUUAAACUUCAUUAUGUUUUAUCAAUGUGUUCGUUUGAACUUUGACUUUCAUCACAACAUCUGGAGAUUAAUACAUAUUGACAAUUAAGAAUUGUCUUCAAAGAAUCAAACACUAUUUCAUAUCGUAUUUCACAGAAAACACACAUAUAUAAUUAAAUUAUAAUGAAGUCAUUGUUGUUUUUGAGUUUUAUAGCUGUUAUAUGUAUAUCAACAUGCCAUGCCAAGGACCUUAUUUUGGGGACCAGUUACAAUCAACACUUGAUUUCACAAAAGAGCAUGGAGUACAUGGCAAUUCCUUUCAAGAAGAGAGUGAAGGAAUUUUUCUAUUCAGAUCCUGGACAGAAAAUCAUUAAGGGAAUCGUCGUUAGAGAAAGUGAACAUACCCAGGCGGAACCGAUCGUGACAGCCGGAGGCAUAGGUUUCACCUACGUCAACAUUAGGUUCAAGAGCGAGCGAGGCAGCGGCUUAUAUUACCAAGUCGAAAUUUAUGUGUAGAAAUUCAAUUCUAUUCACCGAUUCGCUUCACUAAAUAUUUAUCGAUAAUAGGCUAGUUUACUCAUGUCGAAUUGUAUUAAAUAAAUGUUUAUUUCUUAAAGUAUUUACUCUAAGGAACCUUAAUAUAUCGAUUUCACUUCAUAAAAGCAGAAGAUUGCUGUAGAAAUUUAAUUUUAAAAAAUAUUUUUUAGUCUAUAUUUUUUAAACACUAUAAACGCUGUUCGCCACAUCCGCCAUGAUUUUGACGUCUCUUGUGGUAAACAACUAAAUGUCAAUCGCGUGUUACUGUAGGUGGAUUCUUUCGUCUGACUAUUUUAUCUUAAAACACUUUUAACUUUAGGAAAGAAAAAAACAACAACUUAGUUUUUUUUGACAAAACUAGUUAUGGAUGCCGGCUUUGUGAAAGCAGAAAGCACAAAUCUGCCAAGAAUUGACGCAUUGAUGGUUGGUGAAUUUGUUGCACUAAACCCAGAUUUCUGCUCUGCGGAGCAGAGAAACGACAAGGCAUCUAUGUAAAUACAGUGCAUUUAGUAUUACAAUGUAGUAAUAAACAUAAAACUGACACAACAUAUGAAUAAGUGUAAUAAAGUUGCGUAGGUUAAUUUCUUUCGGCACUUUAAUCCACAACUUUCCUGGAGUCUUACUAAUAAUUACUUUAUUUUUCGUGGUAUUUAUUAGAAAUCAUGUUUUUUUUUAUUAUAAACUCAGUUAAAAGUAAUUUUCUACGUGUUUACGAGUUUUUGUUUACCACAGUUCACGUCAUAGCAUAGAUAAUAUAUAGACUAAAAUGGCCGACAUCGUUUUUGUAUGUCCAUGAAAAGUCUAUUUUAAAAUUAAAGAUUUGUAGCUUUCUAGGUUUAAAAAAAUAUAAUACAUUUUUUUCGGUCUAAUAGAACAUUUAUUAACCAUUUAAAACCUUUUUCCAAAAAGGGUCAACUAGCCUAUUACAGUAAGUAUUUAAUUUCGCUACGGCGGACUCCAUAAACCUCCUCUUAGAACGUGACAAGGAUUGGAGCAGUUCUCGAUAGCCACACACAAUUUAAUAUAAUACCUUACGCAUUUUAUCGUCACUUAAUUGCUUCUAGUAUUUCUUAAGCUGCGUACACACUAGCCCAACAAAUGCCAGCGUCUUCGUUACGCCUUAUCUGGACUCUGUUCUUUGGUGUGUGCCAGCGAUCCGGAGCGAGGCGAUUACCUGAAUAUUCUUCGUUCGCGAUCGCUGGGCCGGUGAGUACGCAGCUUCAGGCUACAAGGCAGCGCCAUCUCUUCGCAUUGUAGGAAACCCACAAUUUCAAACGAAAUAAGUAGGUUCUUAAAGGUAUCAAACAUAUGAAAGAUGAAAUUGCAAUUAUCGUUUAUUAAAUUAGUAUUUUAAUCAUUAAAUUGUGAGAUUUAUAAAUGUAAAGAAAAUUUUACUAGAAAACAAUUACAGUCGGUCAAGGCAUCGGACAGGAUUCGUGUCGAAUUUAUAAUAUUAAUGUUGCUAUUCCCGUUUUCUAAGCCUGUUCUAAGUUUGUUAUUUUAAAACUAUUAUUUGUUUCGAUAAGCAAAGCUAAAUAUUUGCAACCUACCUACAUUAACCAUAAUUGUGGCACUUUAGUAGUUGGUACCAAUGAUUUACUAUGUUCAAAGUAUUAAGUACACCUUUAUUUAUUGCUAUUCUAUGAAUAAGUAUUUAUGGGAAUGCAAACUUAUGUUGUUGAAAAACUCUAGCACAUUGAUUAGGUAGGUAUCGAAAUACGAAAUCUGGCUAAAAUAAAAACUCACACUGUCUACUAAGUACUAAUAUGUUAUCUGAUGUCCCUGUAUAGAAAAAGCAUUUCGUGAGACGUUACCAACGUCACCGUGCUCCUUGAUGUAUGGUGAAACAUCCUUAUCAAUAAAACCCCGUUGAUUUUUGACUUCCAAAAGUUGCCGUAAUUUAUUUAUGGUGGCCGCUUGUUCGUCCAAGUUCAUUUCGUUAAUUAGUAUUGGCAAGUUGAUAACACAUAUCCACAAGUAGAACAUACCCACUGAAAAUAAAUCAUCAUUUGAAUGGACUCUGCUAUUUGGUAAGUUUUGUGGUUACAUUUAAAAAAAUAUAUUGGGCGAUGAAGCACUAGGUAAGUCUGCUGUGUAUAUAUAAUAACUGGUUUGCAGAUUUGUAACCGCGUGGCUCUAAGAUUAAACAAAGCAAGACUUAAGGGACAAACUGAGAUGCAGGCAAGCAUAUGAUCAGGCGGCAAUAGUGCAAUACUAUCGAUAGUUCUAAAAACUCGAUAGUAUUGCACUGUUACCGCCCGAUUGACUGUUUUUAGAACUAGAUGAUGACGAGUCUUGAUGUGUAUUAAUGGCAUCGGUUUUUUUUUGCUUUUUUUAUUUAAGUAUGUCUUACUUUCAUUAUUAAUCAUAUUCGUAAGUAGGUACAUACUUACAACAAACGGUUCUGAAGGUAUCAGUUAAUUUCCUGUCCGAAAAUUGUUGGGAAAGUUAAAUGCGGGCUUCAAGCUUCUUUCACGUAAACAAUUACUUACAUAGCAAGAAUCCUCCUGCAACGCUGGCCCCAAUAAGAAGUCCAAUGUCCAUUGUAUUUUCUCGGAGUAAUAAUAAAGAGUAAGCUAUUGUAAUCGUCAGACCGAUGAGCCUCAUUGCUUCCGUCAGGAUAUAAGCAAUCAUGAGCAUAUUGUAGCACUAAACAGAAAUCAUAAAUGACACUCUUAUUUAUUUUAUCCAAAGACACCAUAGUCAUGUUUUAUCAGAUGAAAAGUAGCUUCCGCCUGCGUAAUUGUAAUUGAAAGUCCCACAGGUUCCUGUUCCACAUUUUCCGGGAUAAAAAGUAUCUUAUCUCGAUCCAGUUAAUAAACUGUAGGUAUAUGUGCAUAGACAAACACAGCCGUAUUGCUCUUUGUAUUUUUGGCAAAUUUGAUUCAAAUCCGUUCAGCCGUUUCUGCGUGAUUGAGAAACAAACAUCUUUAAGAUUGUAAUUUGUAUUCCACAAAUUGUUGUUAUAUUCACGACUUAAGACGCUUUUUGGGUACCUAUGUAUAGAAUAUAACGCUAUUUUGACAUCGAUAGAUAAAUAUGUUAUGAGUUAAUUUACACGUCAAAUCGAAUCUGUACUUCAAGGGUUUCGAACAUAGCCAAAGCACAUCCCAAAAGGUGACAAGUGGAACCCAUUUUAUUUAAGGUCGAACCCCAAUCAUAAGCUUUCGCUGUAUGGCUCACCGGUGGGCUCUAUUUCUUGAAUGGAAAAAGGUAGACUUGAAAAUUUCACAGUAGUUGAGGGAUUGGCCGCUUUGAAAACAAUAAUAAACAAAUUAAGGAGGUCUCCCUACAUGACGAGUCUGUGUUUCCACAGAAGCAGUUGAAUGUUUUCAUUGAAGCUGCGCGAAGAUGAGUGAUGCAGAGGUAGGCUUAGCAGAGCUGUGAAUACAUUUUAUUUGCGCUCAACUCCGCUUCUGUGGAAACCAAAGACAAUACAUAUAUAGUACACUUUCUCUUUGUGAAAAUCCACCCAUUGAUUUUGGAUUUUACUUACUUUGUAAGCUGCGUAGAUAUAGAGACAACACACAAUGAUAUAUAAACAUGUCAAUGUUAUUGAUAGGGAGAAAUACCAUUCGGGAUCUGUGAAAAUAAUUUUGUAUUAGUCAUACCCUGAGUUGUUAUAUUUACUUUAUACUAAGUAUGUUACGUAUACAUACACCUAGUUACCUGAUCGUAAGUUUUGUAAAAAGUUGUUAAUAUAAUAUCCCAAAUGAAAAUUAUUUAUCCAAUCUAAUAUUACAUUUUUAACUUGCUCAGAAUGUUUAUAGGAUAAACAUGAAAUAGUUAAGAAAAUCAGCGCCUGUAACUAAAAUGAUAACAAUGUUUUUAUUAGGAUAUGGUACUUACUCACCUAGGUACUCAAUGCACAAAUGUAUGUUUAGUAAGAUUAUCAUAAGUUUAAUUUUAAUUAAUACCAAGAUCACAUCUAUGCUGGACUGUAGUAGCUAUGUCCCGCUAAUAAUUAUUCAUUAUAAUAUAUUU